AUGCCAGUUUCGACCAGGGCUACAGCGGCUGCUGCUAACAUGACGUCUCCAGAGGAGUCUAAUGCUCCGGUGCGGGAUCAGGCGACUGGUGUUGAGGCAAGCGCGGUUCUUCCGGCCUCUACCGCUCCUGGUGCAGGCCUCGCCUCUCCUGGGUCAGGGAUGGCCUCUGCGAACUCGGUCCCAGUACCCGUCGCGCCUUCGCCUGCUGUUGCGGCUGAGCACGCGCCUGCUGGGGGGGAGGAUGAUGAAGAGGAUGAUGAUGACGGCUACUUAAGUGAUGACUCAGACGAAGGAAUCGAGGCGAAGGCCAAGGGGGUGCUAGCGUCUAAGACGCGCGCCACGCUGACGCUCCUGACCCCGUUCGAGCUGGAGAAGGAGAUGCCUGCGGUGAAGCCAUCAGUGAAGGCUCUACUGGUCUACUUGCGGAAGAAGCUGUCGGAUAAUGCACUGGAUGGUCUCGCGUUUCAGGAGCUGCUACCGACGUACCUGUCGCACAUCCAUUUAUGCUGCCUUCAAGUCACGCUCGCCACGGCCGCUGAUGCGGAGGUGGUGCGUCAGCACCGGGUGGAGCACGUUUCGGCAGGGGUGGUGAGGAAGAUCCUCCGAGACCCGGCGCUGGUUCUUAUCUCAACGGGAGCCAAAGUGGAGGAGUGGCUCUGCGUUCAGGAGUGUUGCGAGCGUGCGCAUGGGAAUACCUUUGCCCAGGCAGCGGCUCACAUCGGCUCCUUCAGCCAUGGUGCGGCGUUGGGGUCGGCGGGUGUUGCGACUCGUGCGUCCAAGGCGAAGCUGAGCCUGCAGGCAGCGAAAAAGUUGUACGGGAUUCAUACAGUAGUAGCGGCGACGCCUACAGCAAGAGCUGGGGGGGUGGCGAUAGUCUUACGCAAUAAUGAAGUUUCGUGCUCGGAUGUGGUCAGGGAUGCUUCAGGGCGUCUGGUGCGGGUAACCAUGGCAUGGCGCGGUGUGACGGUGACGGUUGUCGCGGCUUAUUUCCCGGCGAGCCCAACGGCACGGUCUCCUUUCUUCCGCGAUGUGCUUAAGCCGUUCCUGGAGGCAAUACCGGCUGGGAGCCAUCUGCUGUUGGCAGGGGAUUUAAACAUUAUUGAAGAUCCAGCACUGGAUAAGACGUCGGGGCUGGGCUCAAGGGGGGAGAAUGACAGGUUAAUGUCCAUCUGCAGCAGCUUUGAUGUCCGAGAUGCCUUCAGGGCGCUCCAUCCCUGUCUGCGGGAGUACACCUUUUACGCAGCGGCGGUGCAGGAGAGUACAAGGAUUGACCGGAUUCUCCUCUCGAAUGCGCUGAUUCAUCAAAUUCAUGAUGUGCGGCAUGUGGGGUUGACCAAGAAGUUCACGGACCACUGGUCCGCGGUCCACUUGCAGCUCAGUGCGGGGGGAGACGGAGAGUCUGGUCCGGGGCUCUGGAGGCUUCCGGCGUCGCAAGUGCCGCGUCCUGGGGUACAGCGGCGGGUGGAGCAGAUCGUUAGGAAAAACGCAGAAAGAGGAGGAGAUCUGGAGGCGCUGAUGGCGUCUCUGACGGUGGGCCUCAAGGCCUACACCGUGGAAGAGAGGAAGCGGGUUGCGGCUACGACAGCGCACCUGGAACGGGAGGUCGGGGAGCUGAGGCAGCAGGUGAUGUGCAAACCUCGCUGCCCGCGGGCGAAGGCGCGCCUGGCAAGAUGUGAAGCGAAGCUUAAGGCCUAUGUGGAAGGGAGGCGUCGUAAGCUACAGGAGCAGGCAGGGAUUAAGAUGGAAAUGAACGGGGAAGCCCCCACAGGUUACCUCUCAUCCAGAGUUAAGGCGCGGAAGGCUAAGACACGCCUGGCGGAUGUUCUGUAUCAGGGGUCCCGGUAUGAGGGGGCGAAGGAGGCGCUGGCUGCCGCGUCGGCCUUCUACACCAAACUGUUCGCAGCGGGUGCGGACACGCAGCUGGAGUGGUCGGUGGACAAGCGCCUCUCCCUGGAGGACGUGGCGGGCUCAGUGCGCCCUGGGAAGAGGCGGAGGUCAAGCGUGCGCUGGCGGAGAUGGCACCGGAUGAUGCAGUUUCUGAAAGAAUUUGAAUGGACGGGGGCACUCCCUAAGGAAUUCUCAACCGCGGUAACUGUGCUCCUGCAUAAGAAGGGUGCCAAGGAUGACCUACAGAACUACCGCCCGAUUACGCUGUUAAGCACGGUGUACAAGCUGAUUGCAAAGGUGUUGGCGAACCGGAUAAGAAACAAGCUGGAGAGCGUGGUGUCAACGGGGCAGUUCGGUUUCUUACCCGGAAGGAGCAUCGCUGGCGCGGUGGCGGUUGCGGAAGACGUGAUUGACGCUGCGAACGCAGGGCAGGAGGACUGGCUCAUGCUCUUGGUUGACUUCCGCAAGGCCUUCGACUCGGUGGCGCGUGGGUACCUGUUUGACGUGCUGCGGAAGAUGGGCUUCCCGGAGACUUACGUGAAGUGGGUGGAGGGGCUGCAUCAGGGUGCAGCGACCCGUAUCUGCAACGACGGCUGGUUGGGGGAGGAGGUCCCAGUCUUAACCGGGGUGAGGCAGGGGUGUCCCCUUGCGCCGUACUUGUUCCUGUGCGCGGUCGAGCCCUUCUGCCAGGAGGCGAGGAGGAGGUGGUUAGGAAUUAGCGUUAAGGAUGCAGGAAGAAUGACUUACCUGGGGUACGCUGAUGACACUACCCUGCUGCUGAAUGGCCGUUCGCAGCUGGGGGACGCGGAGCUGCUGCUGAAGGAGUUCGAGAAGAUGUCGGGGCUGGCAGUCAACUGGGACAAGUCGGUGGUGCUGCCGCUAGGGAGGCAGCGCGGUAUUUUACCGCCUGCGGAUGGGGCCUUCAAGUGGGCGUCGAGGGAUGACCCGGAGCGUCUGCUGGGGGUCUGGAUCACACCGGGAGGAGACGCAAAGCCGUCAUGGAAGAAAGCUUUAAGCAGAAUGGAAGCAGAGCUGAAGAAAUGGGAGGCGAAGUUUCUUACCACUAUGGCGCGGGUAACAGUGGUCAACGCAUAUAUCAUGCCCAUCGCGUUGUUCCAGGCGCAGAUUUACCCCCCGCCGGACACGAUUUGGGAGGAGCUGAGGAGAUUGUGCCACGCCUUUGUCUCCGGGGGACGUGCGAGCUCGGAGCCGGGCUUCAUUCUCUGGAAUGGGGAUCUCAUGCAGCUCGGAAGAGAAGAAGGGGGGCUCGGGGUGAUAAACUUGAAGGACCGGUUGGAUGCUGAGGCGCUGCACUCGCUGGCGCAGUUGCUCACAUAG